AUGAGGUCCGUACCACCACCGACCCGGCCCUUGACUCGCCUAGCUCUGCCGCCCCACUGGCUGCUCGCUGCAAAACAUCCCUAGCUAAUCCCUUUCGUCUGCAAACAGGUUCGGACAGCAGUUGCGAAGCUCCCUCAUCAAGGACUGGUACUACCACUACAUCGCCUACGACGACCUCAAGAAGUCCCUGCGAACCGAUUUCCAGCAUGCUCCGCUUGUCCAGCAGGGCCACCAGGGCAGCAAGAAAGGUGCUUGGACGGAGGAAGAUGAGCAGCGAUUCGUCAACCAGCUAGAGCAGGAGCUCGAUAAGGUGUUUACCUUCCAGAAGGUCAAGAGCCAGGAGAUCAUCCGGCGUAUCAAGGCUAGUGAGAAGGAGGUCAGUGAGGUGAUUGCUCGCUCCGAGGCGGCGCAGGUUGGCACCGAUGACCAGGCCAAAGCCAAUGCUCCCACCGAGGACGAGUUCAUGCUGCUGGAAGAAGACCUCUCGGACAUCAUUGCGGACGUGCACGAUCUGGCCAAGUUCACGCAGUUGAACUAUACUGGGUUUCAGAAGAUCAUCAAGAAGCAUGAUAAGCAGACGCAUUGGCAUCUGAAACCCGUCUUUGCUGCGCGAUUGAAUGCCCGACCAUUCUUCAAGGAUGAUUACGAUGUUACCGUCGUCGAUCUUUCGAAGCUGUAUGACCAGGUCCGCACGCGAGGCAAUCCGAUCAAGGGAGAUUCUUCUGCUGGCGGGAAGCAGCAGAAUUUCGUGAGACAGACGACCAAGUACUGGGUGCAUCCGGAUAAUAUCACGGAGCUCAAGCUCAUCAUUCUCAAGCACUUGCCGGUGCUGGUCUUCAAUCCUAGCAAGGAGUUUGAGAAGAAGGAUUCUGCAAUCUCAUCCAUCUACUACGACAACCCCGAGACGUGGGAGCUGUACGAGGGGCGUUUGAAGAAGACAGAAGGUGCAGAGGCGAUUCGUCUGCGCUGGUACGGCGGUAUGGAUGUGGACACCAUCUUCGUGGAACGGAAAACACACAGAGAGGACUGGACGGGUGAGAAGUCUGUCAAGGCUCGAUUCUCCACCAAGGAGAAGAACGUCAAUGCCUAUUUGAAGGGUGAUAUGACGACGGAGCAGGUCUUUGAGAAGAUGCGAAGGGACGGCAAGAAGAGCGAGCAGGAGAUAAACGAUCUGGAGCAGCUUGCCAAGGAGAUCCAGUUCCGCGUGAUCGACAGGAAUCUUGUGCCUGUAUGCCGCUCGUUCUACAACAGAACUGCUUUCCAGCUGCCGGGCGAUGCACGUGUGCGUGUCUCACUGGAUACCGAGCUAACGAUGGUGCGCGAGGACAAUUUGGAUGGCAGGAAAAGAGCGGGGGACAAUUGGCGCAGAAUGGAUAUCGGCAUCGACUACCCGUUCAGCCAACUUCCUCCUGAAGAUGUUGAGCGCUUUCCAUACGGCGUGCUGGAGGUGAAGUUGCAGACUGCCAUGGGACAAGAACCGCCAGAGUGGAUUCGGGAGCUCACCGCGUCGCAUCUGGUGGAAGCUGUGCCCAAGUUCUCCAAAUUCAUCCACGGUUGUGCGACCCUCUUCCCGAAUCGCAUUGAUCUGCUUCCUUUCUGGUUCCCGCAGAUGGACGUCGAUAUUCGCAAGCCGGUCACACACAAAUUCGGUAUCGAACGACCUGGUCAGAGCACGGAUAACAGCACGAGCACUGCUUUGGACGACGACGAUAGCGAGGAUGAAAUGGACGACGAUGAUAGAACGAUUCAGGGCGCUGAAGAUGAUGAGAACUUAAGGAGAUUGCGCGCGGCGCGGGAUGCUCUUGAGCAACAUGAAGAAGAACGACAUCUGAGCAAUGCGAACGGAGAUGCGAACGUGAUGGACGAAGAAGAACGAAUGGCACAUAAGCCGCUCGAUUAUACCGAGAACGACUACCCUCUGUACGACUCAGACGACGAAGAAGAAAAGCUGGCGGAAGCGAAACGCGUCGGAGGAUGGACGUACCGGUUCAAGUUGAUGCAGAGCUAUGCCAGUGCUUUUGGCGAUCGACUACUUUAUACGCUCAAGUACGCUACUCCCUUCCCCAAGCCGACCCAAAUUCCCGACCGCGAGGGAAGAAUGGGGAUUCCUGCUGGACGAGGUGUGAGUGAGAAGCGAUUCAAGGCGCCCAAGGGCAAGAAGAUCCACGUUCCUGUUAGAGUGGAACCGAAGGUGUCUUUUGCUGCGGAGAGGACGUUUUUGGAAUGGGUAAGUGACACUCCUUUCUUCCCUACCCUAUCCCAUCACACACCAGAACGCUAUUAACAUGGUACUUUUGGAUAGCUCUCCUUCUCCAUCAUCCUGGGUUCCAUCGCCGCGACGCUCCUGAAUUUCGGCGAUUCAGUUAGCAUGGCCGCCGCGACAUCCUUCACCGUCGUGGCCGUCAUCUCGCUCUUCUACUCUAUGGCCAUUUUCCUGUGGCGAGUGGAUCGCAUCAAGAAGCGCAAGGCGAUCAGUUAUCACGAUAAAUGGGGCCCUUCGGUGCUCUGUCUCAUGCUUGUGGCCUGCGUUGCUGUUGCGGUGGGGUACAGAUUCAAGUAUGGCGGUGAGGGGGAUCUGAGGGGACGUCAUUGA